AUGACAACCAUAACAACAGGGUCUCAAGCUGGCCAUGACACUUUCGACGCGCUCAACAUCGAAUACGAAAAGGCUUAUCGCAACAACCCAUUCAAGAUCGCCGCCAUCAAAAAAGCAAUAAAGUUGCUCCACCCCGCAUCCAAAGUUCUCGAUGUAGGAUGUGGCACUGGGAUACCGGUUUCAGAGCUGCUAGCUGCAGCCGGUCUGGAAGUUGUCGGUUUUGAUAUUGCACCCAAGAUGAUUGAAUUUGCUCGCCAAAGAGUCAAGGGUACCUUCUCCGUAUCAGAUAUGGUGCAAUAUAAAGUCGAAGAUGCGUUUUCGGGGGUCUUUAUGAUAUUUGCACAUCUUCAACUUUCCUAUGCGGCGGUUCAUGCAGCAGUGUACAAAUACGUUUGUGCGCUCAAGCCGGGGGGGAUAUUUGUGUUUGGUCAAAUGCCAAGUGAUACAUAUGUUAAAGAGGAGGAUAAUGCAUAUGAUGAAACGAGAACGUAUGUUGAGGAUUACAAUGCACCGUUUAUGGGGGAACCACUUCCAACUUUUAUGAUGAGUGAGCAAGGACAACGAAAUUUCUUGACGAGUAUGGGGUUGGAGAUUGUGAGUGAGACUAUUGAUGAGUUUCAACCGGACAAUGAAAAGUGCGAACCGGAGAAGCAGCAAUAUAUUAUUGCGAGGAGACCGAUGGAUGGAAAGAUUGUAGAGCCACAACCACUUCCAAGAAGGAACUAG